AUGUCAGACUGCGAUUCACAUCCCGCUUCUCCACAACGGAUGGACCGGCUUCACAGCGAUGUUGACGAUGAUCGUUCGAGUGCGUGCUCCCACGAUCAUCACUCCGGCAUCGAAGAUGGAGUCGACCUCGAGCCUGUAUUCAAACUCACUGUGCUACUACAUAACAAGCCGGUCGAGCUCCCCAUGUACGACGAAAUGGCCACCAUCCAAGAUCUCUCCGAUACGGUGGCCGACGAGCUUCACAUACCGCCUACGAACCAGAAGUUCUUAAUAACUCCCAAAACUGGUUUGUUGAAGCCGCCUUUCAAGGACCCUUCCAUCCUGGUAAAGUCAUUACUCGACAAGAAAGUCGUGCUCAUGGGAGCCACGAGCGCAGAAGUAGAAGAGUUGGAAAGCGACAUCUCAGAACGCAAGGCACGGAUAGAGAGACGCAGGGCGGCUCUACAUGCCGGGCGUAAAGUGAAAGCCAACAAGAGUCGAGACUGGAAGAAGGUGCAGGACGAAGCGCGAUACACCUUUCAUACUAUUCGUCCGCUACCGUACCUGCCGAAUCCAGAGAAAAGUCUGAGGUUCUUGGAGCGAUUGCGAGACGAUGCUGGCAUCAAAGCCUCGAUGCGCAAGCAUGGCUUCUCCGUUGGUCUCUUGACUGAAAUGAAUCCGGUCGAGCACACCACACGUGAAUCUAGAACGCUUGGGCUGAACAGGAAUAGGGGAGAGGUGAUUGAGUUGCGACUUCGAACAGAUGCCUACGACGGCUACCGUGAUUACAAAGWCAUUCGAAACACCCUCUGCCACGAACUGGCACACAACGUCUGGGGGCCCCACGAUCAGAAUUUCUGGAAGUUGUGCAAGGAGAUUGAAGCGGAAGUGGAGAAGAAUGAUUGGAGACGAGGCGGCAAUUCUGUUGGAGGCGAGGAGUUCUUCAACCCAGAUGACGAGGGUAUAGAAGAUCACGAAGCCGAUGGCGGAGGCUGGGAAGGAGGCGAGUAUGUGCUCGGUGCGGCUGGAGAUGGUGCUCAGGGUAGUUCUAGCUAUGAGCCUUUAGAUAGGCGGGAGGUUAUGGCUAGGGCUGCCGAGGAGAGGAUGAGGAAACAGAAAGAUGCUAAAGCGUYUGAGCAGCGAGCCAAGGAUGCCGCUACCAGGCAGGACUAG